AUGGUCGCUACCGAGAUCCCGCAGCACUACACUGCCUCGCCUUCGUCGCACAUUGGCACCCCUCACUUGACCAUCAACAAGGAGGCUACCAUCGACCUCGAUUCUACAAACUCGUUUGAAGGUCCGGAGAAGCUUUUGGAAGUAUGGUUCAGCCCCUCUGCUACUGAGCUCCCUGGACAGGCCGGCCCUCUCGGCUUGAAGAAGGUGUCAGCCGAAGUAUGGAAGGACAUGCUCGAUCUGGUCAACUGCAAGGUUCUCUCCGUUAUUGAGUCUGAGCAUGUCGAUGCCUAUCUUCUAUCUGAGUCGAGCAUGUUUGUCUUCCCCCACAAGGUCGUACUCAAGACCUGUGGCACUACUACUCUGCUCUGGGGCUUGACCCGCAUGCUGGAAAUCGCUGCCAAUGCUGGCUUUCCCUAUGUCGCCCCCAAGGCAUCGGGCGUCGCUCCAGCUGCCACACCAUACCGCGUUUUCUACAGUAGGAAGAACUUCCUCUACCCCGACCAGCAGCGCGGCCCCCACCGCAGCUGGCGCGACGAAGUCCGCUACCUUGAUGACCGCUUCAAGGGCGGCAGCGCCUACAUGAUUGGCAAGAUGAACGGCGAGCACUGGUAUCUCUACAUCACAGGUCCCGACACCAGCCUCACUCCUCCUCCCAGCCCAGGUGAGGAGAGGUCGGAGCCAGAUACCGAGACCAAAUUUGUAAGCCACCCUCAGCGUCUCUUGCGCGAGCAGGCCACCGAUGAGGAGGAGGAUGAGACUCUGGAGGUUCUGAUGACCGACCUCGACGAGAAGAACGCCCGUCAGUUCUAUCUAGAGGACGCAAGUGCGGUUGCGGAAGGUCGCUACCUCCAGAGAGUCCGUGAGGCUCGCAAAAACGCUAUCCAAUCCCUGGGUACCAUUUCGGAAGAGAAUGGCCACACCGAGAGUCUGGGUGGCUCUACUGUCCUCAACUCAGCUGCCAACACCCACACCUCAGAUGACAGCUUCGACGUCUUCGAGCAGACAUCUUCUGACCACUCUGGCUUUAGCUCUGACGAGGAGCUUACUUUCCCUGAGGAGCUGACCACCGAAGGUCACACACUUGGUACGGUCGUUUCCGAACACUGCGGUCUAGCCGACGUCUACCCUACCACCAAGUAUCCCGAUGCUCGUAUUGAUGCUUAUCUGUUCACGCCAUGCGGCUUCUCUGCUAAUGGUGUCGUCCCUGCUCCUGGCGGUGCUCCCAAUGGUUCCAAGAAGGGCUCUGACGCUACGCACUACUUUACUGUGCACGUCACUCCUGAGCCCCAAUGCUCUUACGCUUCCUUUGAGACCAACGUGCCUGCUCGCCAGAGUGGUCGCGAGACUGCCGACAUUGUUGAGCAUGUUGUCGGUAUCUUCAAGCCUGGCAGGUUCAGCGUUACUCUCUUCGAGGCCAAGCCCACCGCUGAUGAGCUUCCCUUGAAGAACGCCGACAAGGGCAAGAGAAUGGAGGUGAUCCCCGGCUACCGUCGUGUUGAUCGUAUCGUCCAUGACUUGGAUGGAUACGAUCUUGUCUUCCGUUACUACGAGAGGGAUGAUUGGAAGGGCGGCAAGCCCAGGCUCGGAGAAGAGUUUUAA